AUGCUUUUUUGCACUUCCCUCGUUGCUCUGGUAGGAGCGGGAGAACACCCUUCAUUUUCACCAAGACGUUUGCAAAUAACAAACACGAAGCGUCAAUCCACUAUAUGCGAGCUCACCUUCCAGACAUCAAUUCUAGCCGUGAAACUUAAUCGUCGACGAUUGAUUGUCGUUCUGGAGCAAACAAUCUUUGUUUAUGAUAUCAGCAACAUGAAAUUAUUACAUAGUAUUGAAACUAGCCCGAAUCCGUCAGCAAUUUGUGCCCUUUCACCUUCAAAUGAGAAUUGUUAUAUAGCUUAUCCGUCACAAAAUCCGUCUCCAUCUUCUCCAUUUUCUAAUAAUAGCUUACAAAAUACCACUUCUGGGGAUGUCUUGAUUUUUGAUGCUUUGUCAUUGCAAAAUGUUAACUAUGUUCAAGCACAUAAAAGUCCAGUAGCUUACGUUGCUAUUAAUUCCGAGGGGACACUGUUGGCAACUGCAAGUGACAAGGGAACCGUUAUCCGCGUUUUUUCCAUUCCUAAUGCACAAAAAUUGUACCAAUUCCGACGGGGCUCUUAUCCAGCCCGUAUUCACUCUAUCUCUUUUAAUCUCGUCAGCACAUUAUUAUGUGUAUCUAGUGAUACCGAAACUGUACAUGUUUUUAAAUUGGGAGGGAACACGGGAGGUUCUGGUAGUAAUGCAAGUUCAAACAAUGGUUCUUCUAAUGGCACAGGUGGAACAACAAAUCCUAUGGUACGUCAUUCCGUUGGUUCUCCAAAUAUAGGUGGAUUUGAGGCGUUUAUCGAUGGAAAAAAGAAAUCUGGAGGAGUUGGAAGCACCAUACGCCGCCAAUCUCUUCAUCUUAGACGCACGCUUGCGGACAAUGUCGGUAAUUAUCUUCCUGAUGCCCUUACAGAAAUGUGGGAGCCAACACGUGAUUUUGCGUAUUUGAAGCUACCGAGCUCUGGCGUACAGAGCGUAGUUGCUUUAAGCAAUACCACCCCACAAGUCAUGGUUGUUACUUCUGAAGGAUAUUUUUACCAAUAUAAUAUAGAUUUAGAAAAUGGUGGUGAAUGCGUACUUCUCAAACAGUACAGUUUGUUGGAACCCAACGAAGAUUUGGGUACGUCUCUGAUUUCAGAUUAA